CACAGUUUCACAAGCGGCACUUUCCAUAAGAGCAACGUGUCAAAUCUCUGCAGUGGAAAUUACAUCCCCUGAAGCUUACAGUCCGAUCAGAGAUCACCAUGAAUUUAAACAACUUUGUGGUUCUUCCCAGCAAGCCCAAGUCAAUGAAGUUAAAUGUCAGGAAUAUCCGGGAACUGCGUAUGGAAACGGUGCAGCUGGAUCAGCAGACCAAGGACAUGGAGAACCGACUGGAGGAGCUCAGAGAGCGCAUGUGCCAGGAGAAAGAGGAGCGAGAGAAAUCGGGUGCCUCUCAUUGGCGUUCUGCACUAUCUAUGGGUCUCACCCCUGGAUUUCAGAGUGCCAAGAUGAACAAGGAGAAUCAGCUCUCUCCAGGCAAGAUGAAGAUUAGAGUGUUGAAGGAUGAGCCGGUGCCAGUUGUUCAGAAGCCGGUGGUGGUGGAACCAGAUAACAAGGCACAGGGCACUAACAGGAAGAUCAGACUGAAGGGUAAAGUGUGUGGGCAAUGUGAAGUUCAACUGGCCGGACUGAUGUGUUCGGAAUGUGGAGAGGACUACUGCGUUGGCUGCUUCGUCAGAUUCCACCAGAAGGGGGCACUAAAGCGCCAUCGCAUGAUCCCUGUACAGGCAGAGCUCCAGACCCCUGUCAGCACUCGGGAUGUGUUGGAUCGCCUCCAGCAGCAGGUAACAGGCGAGGAGAGCCAACCAACUCAAGGUGCUGCCCACAAAUCCACUGAUGAAAGAGAAGCCAUGGAGCAGAGACCAGCGGCCAAGAACAUAUUGCCCAUGUCUGAUAACCUAACAGACCACACACAGGUGUUGUUUGUGAAUGACGGUGUUGAGGAGGGUGCCGAGAAAGAGGAGAGCUCUCUGCUGAGAGGAUUUUAUGAUGAAGAAGAGUCAGCUAGGUCAUUUCAAGAGGCGUUGCAAGAGUGGAGAGACAGAAGACCAAUAACAGCUCGACCAGCAUCUGUAAUGGGUACUCAGACAGAGAGAAGAUCCCAGCAUCACAUUCAUGUGGAGUUCAAGGAGGACAUGCUAAGCUACAUGGAGAAACUCCUUUUGAAAAAACACCGCAGAGGCCAAAUUGAAGAAUUUCUGUCUCAGUCUUUUGUCUACCGCCGACUAGAGCCAUCCACAUCUCCACCCACAGAGAUGGACGAACUGAGCCAAAAACUGACAACUGAGCAGAUGGAGUUUCGCAAGUACUUCACUUCACUCUUCACAAUCACUCCCGCUGAGGAUGCUGGGAGAGUGGACAGCCCAGCAGAAUCAUAUCUAAGCAUCGUUGAGUUAGAUGAGAUGGUUGGAGAAGUUGCAAUGCACAGAUCCUUCGCAGCUGAGCCAGAAAAUGAAAACAAAACGACAGAGAAGGAAAAUGGAGAUGGAAAAUUUGGAUGUCGAGAUGUUACUUCCGCACCAUCCUUGUCUGAGCUGACCAGAGGAUCAUGCUGUGAACAUAAUUCUGUCACUGAGAUCUGGCCACCUUCACAAGAGACUGACCAAUUUUCAUCACCUUUGCCAAGACCAGAAACUUCUCCACUUCAAACGAGGCUUCAGAUUUCACAGAACCUGUCAGCUACAUCAGCGAGCUCAGAAACAUUUCUAUUAAAUUCACCAAGGGGAGAACAGAAAGUGGAAUAUUCCUCUAAGAUAAUGCUGUCCACCCCUCUCUGUGAAUCUCCAAAACCAAGGACAAGAUCUUCUGCAGCACAUCAGGACAAAUCCUCAAAGAACCUUCUGCCAACAACAUCUCCUACAGCCAAGUUGAAUCCAGUCCUCCAAGACUUUGAUUCCUCUUUUGUCCUCUCUCCUUGCAGUCUACCAUCUCCCAGGUCUUCACAAUGUCAAUCUCCAACAUUACUUGUCCCUAAACAAAGUCCAAAACCUCCAUGUUCUCCAUCCCCAAGGUCUCAGUUGUCCUCCUCCCCAGUGAACAGUAGACAUGGUAAUCUAAAACCUCAAUUGGAACUGAAAUUACCUCAACCAUGGACCGCAGUUCCAUCAUCAAGAUCAUCACCUAGAGAACCAUCACUGUCUGGAUCAAGCUCAGAUAGAAGUUUACUUACCAGGCCUGUUCAUGACUCCAUAAGGUCCCCUAUGGCCCAGGGAAUUAAAUCAUUUCAUAAUGAUGGAUACAAUUCAGCACCAUCCUCCAAAUGGUUAAAGGGCUCACGGAGGUCACCCAAAACGACAACCCUUUCUCUACAGCUGAGCAUGUCAGAUUCAGAAGAGGAGAUGGCAGGUGAAGAUAUUUUCUGCCUGCUGCCCAGUGAGGAAGACUCCUCUGAUGAAGAACUGAGAUAUAUCACAGAUUCAGAAGAAAAGAAGAGCACAUCUUCCUCUCCCUGUCCCACCAUGACCCCUUCUGCAGAACUUCACUUCACUUUCCCAAGCUGCUCAAAAUCAGAACACGAGCACACAGAACUGGGCCUGUUUACAGAAGCUUCUCAGGUCCUCUGUUCUGUAGCCCAGCGACAGCACAUCCAUCUGGGUCAUGACCAGGGUCUGGAGGGGUUCCUCACUCUAGGACUGAAGCCUGAACCCCUGAAGUCCAGCUUAACUCUAGCUCAGACACCUAGAGAAGGACAAAACCACACAGAGUUUUCUCUAGCUGUAGGUGAGCAAUUCUGGAGACCGAGCAGCAGUCUUUACCAUCAUGCAGAUGAAGAGCUGGUCACCGCGGUGGUGCACAGUCAACCAAUUAGUAGUAGCACCCCUCCUGCGGUCACAGCAUGCUAUGGCACUUUAAGCAGAAGUUCCCCGAGCCCCUCUCGCAUUCUGAGUGCCGGUAGUCAUCGUCCUAGGUCGUUUUGCCGGCCACUAUCUUAUGCUGCCCAGGAGAUCAGUGAGAUCCAGACGGUGGAGCAGCCUGAACCUGUGAACAUUGAUGAGCAUGAGGAGGAUUGUCUGGCUCUGGCGUGCCUGGAGGAAGAGUUCAGAAAUAUGAGUAUUACACCGUUUGACCAGGGUGAGGACUGACACAAGAGCCAGAAGGACUAAUCUGCACUGCAAUGGCAUCAGUUAUUUUGAUUAAAAAUAUAUAGUCCACAUAGUUUAAGAUAGUUUAAGAUUAAAUUAAAGGAAUAUUGGGGUUUAGCUCAGUUGACAGCAUUUGUGGCAUAAUGUUGAUUACCACAGAAAAUUAUUUCGACUCGACCCUCCUUUUCUUUAAAAAAAAAGCAAAAAUCGAGUUACA